GGUCAGACGUGGGGUAUUCAGUCGUCUUUGACACACAGCUGAUAACACUGUUCUCUUGUUGAAGAUAGUCACGCAUUUAUCGAGGAUGAAGCCAAUUAUCGCACUCGCUCUAGUGACAGUAUGCGUCCUCGCCCUGUGCCAAGAUGCAUACGCCUCGCCAUCAGACAUGGACAAGGCGAAGGACACCAAGGCUAAGGACGGCACCGCAACCGUUAAGGACGCCAAGGCCCAGAAGGACGCUAAGAAGAAGUGCGCCAAACAGUGCCCAGCCCGCGAUCCGAUCUGCGCCCACGACCCAACAAACCCAACUCUCAAGCCAAAGACGUUCGACACCACCUGCCACAUGGAAAUUGAGAACUGCGAAAUGGGAACCAAAUACGCCCUUAAGAACAAAGGCCAAUGCGUUUGAACUGGACUCGAAAAAUGGAAAACGACUCCUCAUUACACACAACUCUCUGUACCACCUGCACCUUCCGCCCAUGUAUAUCUCAGCUAAUUCCUUGUGUAAUUAUAAACAAAUCAAUGUAGAUGAGAAAUUUAUUGAUUAAAUUCUGCAUUACAAUGCA